UCCCCCUGCUGGUGUCCUGUUACUAGGUAGUAUGAGGCACAGCCGUAGAUAGAAGCUCUGUUAUGAGGAAUCACGUCACACGGUAAACUAGAAGAAGAAGGAGGAUGGGGAGGAGCACGUCACACGUCUCCAGUCACGUAUCGCGAGAUUUACACGGUGUCGGUCAUUUUAUUUCAAUAUGGCGGCUUCCUAAAUUCGCAUGUGGCAGACUACCAUUCGUAAGAGUUGAUAAUUAUAUAUUAGUUAUAUUUUUCCAGUACUUUACACACAAUAUUUGGAACAUCAUAAGAACGGACAAUUUAUAACGGCUGUUCCACGAAAAGCAGAAAAUGCAGCACGACGACGUUAUUUGGGACAUAAUUGGAAACAAGCAGUUCUGCUCCUACAAAGUCAAGACAAAGAAUCAGAAUUUUUGUCGGAAUGAAUACAAUGUAACUGGGCUUUGUAACCGCUCGUCGUGUCCUCUGGCGAACAGUCAGUAUGCUACCAUCAGGGAGGAAAAAGGCCAGUGUUUUCUGUACAUGAAGGUAAUUGAAAGAGCAGCCUUUCCUGCCCGGAUGUGGGAGAAGGUGAAGCUGAGCAAGAACUACGAGAAGGCGCUGGAGCAGAUCGAUGAGAACCUCAUCUACUGGCCUCGUUUCCUCAGACACAAGUGCAAACAGCGGUUCACCAAGAUCACACAGUACCUGAUACGCAUCCGCAAGCUCACCCUCAAGAGACAGAGAAAACUGGUUCCGCUCAGCAAGAAGGUGGAAAGGAGAGAAAAGAGGAGAGAGGAAAAAGCCCUGAUCGCAGCCCAGCUGGAUAAUGCGAUCGAAAAAGAACUGCUGGAGAGACUGAAACAAGGAACGUAUGGAGACAUCUACAACUUUCCUGUCCACGCUUUUGACAAGGCCCUAGAACAGCAGGACGAAGAGAGCGAGACUGAUUCCUCAGAGGGCGAAGCGGAGGAAGAGGACGAUGAGGACGUCGGGAAGAAAGAAUUUAUUGCUGAGGAUGAGGUGGAAGAGAGUGACCUCAGCGACUUUGAGGACAUGGACAAACUGAGAGGCAGCAGCGAUGAGGAAGGCGACUCCAGUGAAGAGGAGGAAUCCGAGGAGGAGAUGGAGGUGGAGGAGGAGAGGGAGGCGAAAGGGAAGGGGAAAGCUGCUGCUUCUUCUAAGUCCACGGGGAAGUCGAAAGGAAAGGCACCGCUCAAAGGUCCCGCCAGGAAGAAGCGGGCCUACGUGGAGAUCGAAUACGAGCAGGAGACAGAGCCUGUCGCCAAGAGCAAGGCCACAUAGACUGCCUCUACACGUCAUGUACUGCAAGCCCAGUACUCUGCCAAAUGACUCCUAACGCGAUUGGCUGUUCCAGUGGAAUCAGUCAGCGCCCAUCAGUAUCAUGACCCUAGGAUUGCCUGUUGCAGAGUGUUUGUAUUAACAGGAAAGGAUUCCUCAGACUGGUCAGUGGACGUAAAUUAAAUGUGUUGCAGUAGACAUCAGUCACUCAUUGAAUUAAGUGCCCUGCAGUCCUGAAGAAUGUCACCAGUGCAAAAAAAAGAAAACCCAAUUUGCUUUAUUUUUUUAUAGCCAUACCAAUGGUCAUCAGAACGGCUGUACAUGAAGAGUGUGUGCACGUAUUAUUGGCCUUAAAUAUUUAUAUUUUUAAUUUUUAAACACUA